GUUUAGUUGCUGAUGUUCUUUAUCUUCGUUUUAUGUUACAAUUUACGUACAAUUUACUAUUAUUAUAAUUGAAUUUCAUUUGAACGAUAUCAAUGUAAUAAAUUAAUUUUUUUUUGUUUAGUGUUUUAGUAAUUGAUAUAUAUUAAUGACAAAAUAUACUUUCAUCAUACUUUGAUUAUUUAUUUCAAGCAUUAACUUGUAGCGAAUAAAAUGGAUGCAAAACUACCAACGAAAAAGGCUAAUGAGUUUGCUAAUGAAUUGUUUGAAACAUGUAACUUAAAUGAAAUUGAAUCUUUACAAAAUACUUUAAAAAAAGAUGUUGAAAAAAAGGCAGACCAGCUUAAAUCACUAGUGAGUGAAAAAUAUAGGGAUCUCAUAGAUGCAGCAGAUACAAUUAGUUCUAUGGCAAUGAUAAUUAGUGAUAUAUCUAAUGUUACAGAAAAUAUAAUAAAAACAAAUCAAAUUAAUCAUAAUAUAACUCUGAAUAAUGGAGACAAUAUACUUGAUACAUUUGCUGUUCAGUCAAAACUUCUAAUUGAUCUUUCUGAACAAAUAUGGGAUUAUUUGAACUCUAGUAAUUAUUUAGCUGCUACUCAAUUGUUUCAGUUUGCUUCAGCUAUCAAAAUGAGUCUAAAUACAGAUAUAUCCAAAGGACUUAAAAAAAGUGAACCAUUUUUAGAUAGAGUUUGGUCUACAAUAUCUCAUUUUUCAACUACCAUAUCAGAUAAAACUAAAUUAGAAUUAUCUGGACCCAUUACUCCAGAAGAAGCUGCAUCCUGUUUUAUUACUUUAUCCAUACUAGAAGGUUUAGAUGAUCAUUCUUUAAUUAAAGAAUUUAUUAUAUUACGUUCAAAUAUGUUGCAAUAUACAUUAACAGAAGAAAGUUCAGUCGAAAAAAAUAUUGAAAAUAGUUCUAAAUUAAUUAUAAACACUAUUUAUAAUUUAUAUUUGUGUUUUACAAAUUAUGAUAUUUAUAACAGUGGUAUAAUAUACAUACAAAUCAAAGAAAUGUUGAGACGAGGACCAACUGUAUUAUCAUUAGUAGAUAUGGAUUAUUCAUUAAAUUUUGGACUUAUGUAUUUACCAAAGUCUAUUAAAGAAUUCAAAGUUGAUUGUAUGCUAUCUCCAAAUGAGUUGUCAAAAGAAUAUAUUACCAACAUUGUAACAAAUUGGUUAGAAUGGGCAAAACCAUUUGUUAAAAACAAAGUUGCAGACGUUCUGGAGAAUGUUGAAUCAAUUGCAACUCUUCGUAAUUUAAAUCAACUGUCAAUUGUGUACCCUCAGUAUUGGACUGGUAUAUCGGAACAAAUUUCAUUUGAAUCAGAUCUGUGGUCAGAAUUAUACUGUCCACUUUUUGCUCAAAAAACUAAAGUUUUAUUAACUAAUCACUGGGAAAAUAUUUUUCCUGUUGUUAUAUCAGACAUAAAUAAUGCCUUAAUUCAUCCAGAAGAACCUUACUUGCAAGAUAGUCUAUUUUCAGAUACAGAUGAAUAUUUAGAAACUCGAUCAAUAGGUUGUUCAGACAAAACAGCUAAAUUGUGUGAAUGUAUUGAAAAACGAAUUUUAUCAUUAGCAAAUAUGUUAAGUGAAUUAUAUUCAGAAGAUGAAGACCCAUGGGCUCUAAGACAACAUCAAGGAAACUGUUGUAACAAUUUUAUUAUUAGGUUGGGAAAAAGUAUGGUGCAGUUGGUUGAACAAGGACAAUUAACUGAAGAUGGCAUAUUGUUGAUUGCUAGAUUUUUAUGGUGUUUACCAGUAUUAUGUCCUACAAUAAAACAGUGUUUAGUAUCCUUGUACCAACAGUUUAACUUCUGGACAUCAUCAAAAGAAGAAAUUAAAAAUGCUUCCAUUAUUAUUUGGAAUAAAUGGGCGGAAGUAAUAACUAAUAGAAUGUUUGAUGGUUUAAAAGGAAAUAUUUUUCCAAUUACGCUUGGAGAACAACUUUCUACUAUUCCGAAAUGGGAAAUUUUGGAUAUGGAAAUUGAAAGAGAAAGCGGAGAACUAGUGGUGUCAAAAUUGCUAGUGCCUAAUCAACCUUCAUUUCCUUUGCAAAACUUCAUUCACAAUAUGAUUACAUGUCUAGCUUUAACAUUACCUCCAAAAUUUGUUCAAGAAAAAACUAUUGCUUUGUGCAUUGAAUGGAUAUUAACUGAAUAUCAUGAUAAUAGUGCACUAGAAACUACAUUGAAGUCUAGAUAUCAGAUACAAAAGUUAUUUGAUCUCAAGUAUAUCAAUCAACUUUUUGUUAGCAUUGAAAAUGAAAGAUUGUCAACUAUUUGUUCAGAGCAAAUAACAGCAGUUGAGAAUCAAAUUGAUCCAAUUAAUCUAGAUAUUCUUCAAGAAUAUAUAGUUAAAAAUGUAAAACGGGCUGUUGUUGCCACCAAAAGUAUAUUUGGAACUAUGUACCCAAGUCAAUUACCAUCAGAAUGUUCUGACGAAGCAAACAACUUGAUGUUUAGCACAUACAGAUUUAAAUUAUUUUUAAUCUCAGAUUCAUAAAUAUAUCUUGAUAAAAUA